AUGAGUACGGAGCAAAUUGUUGUGGGCGCGGACAAAGGUCCACGCUUUGGCGUACGCCAUGUACAAACCCUGCUGCUGUUCUUCAACAUUGUUGCAGUCUCAAUAAGUCGUUUAAAUAUAUCGGUCGCUGUGGUCGCGAUGACAAAUGCCGAAAGCACGAAUCCCAACUUUCAGGAAUUUGAUUGGACCGAACAACAAAAGUCGUAUAUCAUUUCCAGCUUCUACUGGGGUUAUGUGGUCACACAGUUUCCCGGCGGCUAUCUGAGUCGACGUUUCGGCGCUAAAAUUGUGAUGAGCAUUGGUGUCUUCGGUUCGUCUGUGUGCAGUUUGCUCACACCAUUUCUGGUGCCUUGGGGCGGCUGGCAGAUAUACUGCGUUAUACGCAUACUGCAGGGUCUCUGCCAGGCAGCACUCUUUCCCGCCAUACACGAGCACAUUGCCAAGUGGUCGCCGCCACAAGAGCGCAACUUGUUGGGCGCGCUCACCUACUCGGGUGUCGAUUGUGGUACGGUGUUGGCAAUGCUUGUGAGUGGUAUGAUUGCGAGCAGUGCGAUCGGUUGGCCAGGCAUUUCGUAUAUCUCCGCAAGCAUUGGUUUCGUCUGGUGUGUGUUUUGGCAAAUUUUCGCUGCAAAUAAUCCGCCGAAAUCGCGUUUUAUAACGAAAGCGGAGUGCGAGUACAUCGAAAGCUCAAUGAAAAGGGAGGACGAUUUCCAUGAGCGAAAAAUACCUGUGCCGUGGUUGGCAAUGUUUACAUCCGUGCCUUUCUUGGCAUUACUCUUUGUGCGCUGCGCCGAAACGUGGGGCUUCAGCACAGUGCAAACGCAGGUUCCUUCCUACUUUAAUGGUGUAUUUAAUAUGAAUAUCAAGAGCAAUGCGCUAUGCUCUGCACUACCAUAUAUAGCGCGUUGGAUUAUGUCCUAUACAUAUCUCUUCUUCGGAAAUAUGGCGGUCGCUAAAAAUUGGCUCUCCUUGACGGCGGUACGUAAGAUUGCUAAUACGAUGGCGUUAUGGUUACCAGCAUUUCUGAUGAUCGGCAUUGGUUUUCUUGAUGAUACCAAUAAAUCUUGGGCCAUUGCUUUAAUGACUCUCAAUGUCGGGUUCAACGGUGGUAUCACCAUCGGUUGUGUACUCAGUACGAUUGAUGUGUCGCCGAAUCAUGCGGGCGUAGUGAUGGGCAUCGUGAAUACACUGGCUAAUGUGGUCUCUUUGUUGACGCCCUUGGUGGUGGGCUUUAUAGUCACUGAUGCGCACAAUCGUGCGGAGUGGCAAGUCGUAUUUAUAAUCGCUGCAUCCGUUUUCUUUGUGGGUAAUCUGAUAUACAUAAUAUACGGCACAGCUGAGGCGCAGCCCUGGGAUGCACCUGACUAUCUUUUAAGGAACAAUAUUGAAGCGUCACCAAAAUCUGCGCGGUGUGAAACGUUUAAAAUGUUUGCGGACUCAUGUGAUGCCCAGCGAGAAAUUGAAGACUGGUCUAAAGAGCGCGUGUCUGACAGAGAGCCAUAUUUGGUACAGAAAAUGGAUUGUGAAGACUCUUCGCACAAUAGGAAAUAUUAAAGAUAUAUGUACUGUGAUGGAAUAGAAUUUCAUUUUGCUAGUGUAAGUUUAUACUACAAAACAAAAGUUAAACUAAACACAGGGGUGCAUUCUAAAUUAUUUAUUAUUGUCAUUUCACUACUUUUAAGCUUUAAGAAUU